AUGGCAGACACCAAGAAUGAAAAGCCCACCAUCGAGACUCUCGAGGAGGGUGGAUCUGGGUCCAUCCGUACCUGUGAGGCCGGCACCCCGGGAUCCCAAAGAUCCCCUAAACCUCCCCGCUGGCGCAAGAACGCCAUCGUCCUCAUCGUCGGCCUCUACUCCGCCAUCGCCGUCCUCGCCACCUCGGGCAUGGGCGCCAUCGUCACCCAAGUCACGGCCAUGUACCCUCCCGAGGACGCCGUGCGCGUUAAUGAUCUUCUCACCUACCCGACCCUCUUCAUGGGCAUCGGCAACCUCUUCGCCAUGCCGCUGUGCGUCGCCCUCGGCCGUCGACCGGUUUUCCUCAUCUCCCUCGUCAUCAUGGUCGCUUCUGGUAUCUGGUGCGCCUGCUCCCAGAGCCUGUCCUCGCACAUUGCCGGCCGCGAUGUGCUUUCCAUGGCGGCGGGCCAGAGCGAGGCCCUGGUCGCGUACAUGGUGCAGGAGGUGCAUUUCCUCCACCAGCGCGGUACCGCUGCUACGUGGAACGCGGCGAUCCAGGGUAUCGGCACCGGCGGCAUGUUUGUGGCGACUACGUACCUCGUCUCUGCUUGGGGGUUCGCUGGUGAGGAACCCGGCACCACUUCCGGCAGCAAAGACGAAAAGACCGUCCCCGUCGUAACCAAAUCAACCCACACCCUCGACCUCACCCGCUACGCCCCCAGAACCUGGAAGGACGACCUCCGCGUCUUCCACUUCCGUCCCCGAUGGGGCAAGACCCUAACCUUCUACAAAGUCACCGCCCAGUCCUUCUGCAUCCCCUCCAUCGUCUGGCUCCUCCUCCUCAACGGCGCCUUCCUCGGCGUCUACGUCUUCCACUCCUCCACUUUCGCCCCGCUCCUCAUGAGCCCGCCCUACUCCUUCAAGUUCGAGUUCCUCGGCUUCGUCCAGCUCGCCCUCAUCAUCGCCAACCUCGUCGCCCUCCCCGUGCUCGGCUACGGCUCCGACUGGGUGAUUCGCGUCAUGAGCCGCCGGAACCGCGGCAUCUACAAGCCAGAGUACCGUCUCGUCGGCGCCAUCCUCCCCGCCAUCGUGGCCGUGGUGUCCUGCGUCAUCUACGGCCGCACCGCGUCCAACCGCGAGACUUGGUCUUGGGCCGGCAUCGCCAUCCCUAUGCCGCGGGCCUGUUUUCCUUCCUCGGCGCCAACACCGUCGGCAUCACCUACGUCCUCGAUAGCUGGCCCGCGCAGGCGGGACCUUUACUUCUCGUCGUCGCGGCCGGUCGCGGCUUCAUCAGCUUCGGUUUGA